GGAGCGCCUUUGGGCUGGGUUCCCUCCAUACAAAGACCUGUGUCACUGAAGAGCCGCACGCUCCCAUGGGUCUGUUGCUGAGCAACCGCAAGCCCCGCCCACCCAUCACGGUUGCUUCACCUGAUCCGUGACCACGUGACGGAUCCCGACGUUUCCUCCAAUCAGGAGGGAGCACAGGUGCUUCCACCUGAGAGUUUCGGAGGCGGAAACCUGCUGGUUCAGAAGCAGAAAGACGCUCCUUAUAAAUGCGUCGUUUUACAGUAGCUUCCCCGCAGGGUCGUCGUAAAAAAAGGAGCAUUUGGAGCAGGAAAUUAAUGAAACAAUACCUAAAAGUUCCAGCUGGUGGGAGAUGUAAGGAGUCAGGACACCUGAGCCGUGCGUAAAAUGGAUACGACGCGCUGAGCGUCUGCUGUCAGAGCGCGUCAGAACUGAAGAACAGAGCGCAGAGUUCUGGACUUAAAUCAGAGCUCGUUGGAGUGUAACAUCUACACAGUAAUUCACAGCACUCCACAGAGUGUGUACACCUGCUGCAGUGGCUCAGGUUCCUGACUCUCCUCCAAGAUGGCAGAUCGGGUUCCAUGGUGGAAGGCGUUUCUUCCAAAGAAGAAGACUGGCGGCCCCAAGGAGGCAGGCUCACCCACAGCCCUCGGUCCAGACUUUGACCCGUUCGCCCAGCGUCCACAGAAGCAGACGGAACCGGUUGCCAAGAACACAGGCGACCAAUCGCAGGCCCCGCAGGACUCCACCAAGAACAAAAGCCUCCUCAGCGACGAGACCUACGACGAUUCCCACUUGGAGUCGGUCUUCAAUGAGCAGUCAUGUCGCAGGAACAUGAAGGUGUCGCGCUCCGGGCGGUUCAAAGAGAAGAGGAGGGUGCGGUCCGGCCUUCCAAUACAGGAGAAAGAGACAGAGAACGCCGCGUCAGGGAAGGAGGACAUAAGAUGAUGAGGAGGAGGAACGAAGGAGAGACUGCUUUACAGAGAUACUUGAAGAGAUGAAGGAGGGGUGUGAUGAGGCUUCAAACACUCCAAAAGGUCUGCUGAAGGUUUUUAGGACGGCGAGGAAGACUCAACCUGCAGGACUUAGAUUGUGAAGUAACAGAUAUUGAAGAAUUGACUGUGGAAAUGUGUUUUUUUUUAAAUGAUGGUUUUUGAAUCAUUUUGCCAACAUUGACCCACAGAACACACAUGGGUCGAUACAGGAGAACUGUACGCAGAACUCAGGGUGUAUUCACACUUGUCGCCUCCCAACAUUAUGGGUUAACCCUAGAGUAGAGGUCAUCAACUCGCCAAAUGAACCAUCAAAUCUGCCGUGUGAUUGGAUUCUAAAAUUUCAGAUAAAAAAUAUAGUGUGUAUUAAAGUGUUUACAUUUUUAUGGGCCACCCCCAGGAUAACUGUCCUGUAAAACUCUGUCCCUCCGUCAAACUUAGUUUAGUUGAACCUCAAUGCACCGAGGCUUCUAAAAAGUAGUUUCUAACUCCACCUGCUCACCAAGUGUGCUUCAGUUCCACUCCUCUGUGAGUGUUAAACUGACCAAAUGUCUCUGUCAUUGACAAAUUCCAGAUAAUGGAAAAAGGUGUGUCGUUGCAACCAACACAAAUUAGCAACCGUGAAGCAAUAAGAAACUAAAACAAGGAGAUGAAGCACGGCCCACGUCAUCUGCGGCGUCGGCGUCACUGCUGAUGUCAUCACAUGGUUCAGGAAUACAAAAAUGUUUACAUACACUUUGGUCCGAACCUAAACACAACAAGCGCACGACAAGUGUAAACACACCCUGACAAACCCAACACUGGAUUACAACCCGCUGCCUUUAACAAGAACAAUCACUGUCCUCCUGUCAGUACUAAAGACAAACACGCUCCUAGCAGAGUUGAUGAUGAGAUGUUUACAUUUUUUGCUCUAAUAGUAAUGUAAUUUCUUCGACGAUGAAGGAUGAAUGCUUCCUUUACUGCGCUUUUACAAAAGAAAUACGCUGAUUCAACAGGGUUUAAAGGAUGUAAUGAAGGUGUAGUUGAUUUUUUUUGGUCAAAUAUGUGAAAAAAAAAAAACAAUCAGUUAGCAUUAGGAGCUACGAGAUGCUAGUGUGCACUUGCCAGCCAAAUGAAUCAAAUGUUUUUUGUUUUGUUUUAUUUUUCAAAUGAAGGAUGAAGUGUGGCAUGUUUUCUAACAUGACGUGAAAACUGUCAGGUGUUACAGCUGAAGGAGCAGUGGCCGUGUACUGUGGCCCAAGUCUGACCCGGUCACUGAUGGAGGUCACGCGACAGCACUGCUGUAUCUGCAUCACUUGCCUAAUAAAUCUAGUAACUGAUACCA